CAAAAUCACCGGAUUAAAGUUUACAGUAAUUAAAACUAUAGACAUAAAGUAAAAUUAACAAAGAAACGAGACUCAGGCCCUGAUUUCAAGUAUAAAAUAAAUUUUGGAAGUGACGAAUAUAAAUUUGCGUAAAAUGGGUGAUUACAACAAUGAGAAGUAUCCAAUUUGUGCAUUAAAGCCUAAAGCAGAGACAAAUGUGCUGAACUUCCUUCAAAAAUAUCCUGAAUUCAAUGGAAAAGAUACAAUAAUUGCAGUUUUAGAUUCUGGAGUUGAUCCAUUGGCUAGUGGUUUACAAAAGAUUCCAAAUGGUGACGUCAAAGUGAUUGAGCGUUUUGAUUGCAGUGGAAGUGGAGACGUAUUAAUGACGACUAUCGUAAACGCUAGUAAUGAUGACACACUCAUUGGCUUAUCAGGACGUACAUUGAAAGUCUCAGAAUUUAUGAAAUCCAAUAACGCAACCACUGAAUAUCGAUUGGGUCUUAAAAGCUUAUCAGAUUUGUAUCCAUCAAGAAUCCGAGAAAAGAUUACAGCUGAUGCUAAACAGAAACAAUGGGAUGAAAAGAAUAAGAAGGUCUUAGCUGACAUAUCUCGUGACAUUGCAGAAUUUGAUGGAAAAAAUUCAAAUGCAAACAACCUGAGCUUUAAAGAUAAAUUAACAAAGGAAAACCUUGAGAAUCUUACUGAGUUUGUUAACAGCGCCGAUAAAAAGUUCAGUGAGACUAAAACAACAUAUGAUUGCAUUUUAUUUAAAUCUAAGGAUGGUCAUUGGACAGCAGUCAUUGAUAUUAAUGAGAAUGGUGAUUUAGAAAAGGGAGCAGUCAUUCGAGAAUAUAGCAAAUUUCAUGAAAUGGUAAAAGUUGAUCAAUAUCUAUCUGUAUCAAUUAAUGUCCAUGAUGAUGGUAAUGUCCUUGAAAUUGUUGCAAUGUGUUCAUCGCACGGAACACACGUAGCUUCUAUAGCAUCAGGAUAUCAUCCAGAGAAUGAAGAUUUAAAUGGAGUGUCACCAGCAAGUAAAAUUGUCUCAUUAACAAUUGGCGAUGGUCGUCUAGGCUCAAUGGAAACUGGUGUUGGCUUAGUUCGUGCAAUUAUUAAAAUAAUGGAAUUAUGUGAUGCAGGAGUCAAAAUUGAUGUGAUAAAUAUGUCGUAUGGUGAGCAUGCUGCUUGGUCUAAUUCAGGUCGUGUUGGGGAAUUAAUGGCUGAAUUAGUAAAUCGUUAUGGAGUAGUUUGGGUAGCUUCUGCUGGAAAUCAUGGACCGGCAUUAAGCACUAUUGGAACUCCGCCCGAUAUUCAAACUGAUGUAUGUGUCGGAGUCGGUGCUUAUGUAUCUCCUGAGAUGAUGGAAGCAGAAUAUGCAUUAAGAGAGAAAUUAGGAGGAAAUAUGUAUACAUGGACUAGUAGAGAUCCAGCAGUUGACGGUGGAAAUGGAGUUACAUGCUGUGCACCGGGUGCUGCAAUUGCUAGCGUUCCAGAAUAUACUUUAUCUAAGGCACAAUUGAUGAACGGAACAUCAAUGUCAGCUCCACACGUUGCUGGAAGCAUUGCUUUAAUAAUUUCUGCGUUGAAGCAAUUAAAAAUUAAUUAUACACCAUAUAGCAUAAAGAGAGCUAUUUGGAAUACGUCAACACAUUUAAAAAUUGCCGAUAAAUUUGCUCAAGGUUCUGGACUGCUGAAUGUUGAAAAAUUAUUCGAGUAUUUAAAAACCUAUCAAAAAGAGCCAGAAAAUAAUGUCAGAUUUGCGAUUACUGUUGGAAAUAACGGUAAUAAAGGUAUUCACAUUCGCACCGGAAGAUUGACUAAAACGGAAGAAUUUAAUGUCAACGUUGAGCCAUUAAUGUUUAAUGACAAAUACGCCGAUUCAAAUGACAAGAUAAACUUUAACAUUCGACUUACAUUGAUUCCGUCGCAUCCAUGGAUUCAAUGUGGAAAGUUCAUUGACUUGUGCUAUACUGCUCGAUCGUUUAUUAUUAAAGUAGAUCCAACCAAUCUUCAGCCUGGCGUUUAUCGAGGCUGUGUUAAGGCAUACGAUACAUCCUCAACUGCUGAAAAAGGAACUGUUUUUGAAGUGCCAAUUACAGUUGUUCAACCUUUUGAAGUCGAUUCCUUACGUUUUGAGCAUGUUCCAUCUCCAGACACAAUUCUUUGCAAACCAAACACAAUCAUUCGUGAUUUUGUUGUGGUUCCAAAUAAUGCAACUUAUGGUGUUUUAGAAAUGAUUUCUGCCGAUUCUAAAGAUAAAGUUGGUGGCAAGUUUUUGGUCCAUACAAUGCAAAUUAUUGAUCAGCGUUACUGUAAACAUAUGGAAACUGCAAAGAUUCUUCCUGUUAAUGGUGAAGUCAUGACUUUACAUCCAUUUAAAUGCGUUGGUGGAAAUAUUGUUGAAAUAUGUAUCGCUAAAUAUUGGUCAAACUUUGGCGAAGUUCCAUUGCAAUAUAAAGUCAAAUUUCAUGGGUUUAAAUCGAAUAAUGCACAUAUAAUGCAUAGUGCUAAUGGCAUCCAUAGAAUUGACGUCACAUCUUUAUUAACUGAAGAAUGUCAACCAGCAAUUUCAUUAAAGCACUCAGUUAUGGUCUUGAAGCCAACGGAUACGAAAAUAAGCACAUUAACUAAGCGCGAUGUCAUCCCAAAUCAACGUCAAAUCUUUCAGAAUGUUUUAACUUACAAUUUGCAUUUGUCAAAGGCUCAAGAGCUCUCAUUACAUGCUCCAUUAUUUAACUGCAUUUUAUACGAGUCCGAAUUUGAAUCUCAAUUUUGGAUGCUCUUUGACACGAACAAGAUGCUUAUCCAAUCGGGCGAUGCUUAUUCAAAUAAUACAUUCUUUAAACUAGAUAAAGGUGAUUAUGUCAUUAAACUUCAAGUUAGACAUGAGAAGAAGGAACUUCUUGAGAAGGCAAAUGAGGUUGUUAUGCAGGUUUACUUUAAACUACCAAGUUCCCUCAAUUUGGACAUUUAUAAGUCAUUCAAUAAUGCUGUGUUAGCAGGAAACAAGAAAGUUUCUUCAUUUUUGAUGUCAUCUGGAUCUACAAAAGCUGUCUAUGUGACACCACUGCUGAAUGAGAAAAUUACAAAGAAUAUAAUUGGACAGUCAUCGUGGUUUGAAGGAACAAUAACAUUUGUUAAGGAUGAAAUGGGACGUAAAGUUGAUACACAUGCAUUUUCGUACAUUAUAACGGAAGGUCCAAUGGUCAAAAAGAAUGGAAGUUCGCCAAAAGAAACAAAAACAAAAAUGGAAGAGUUUAAGGAAGGAUUAAGGAACUUUAAGUGUGACUUUAUCUCAAAAUUAGAUCCAGAAGAUGCUGAAAGUUUAUAUAAAGAAGUUGUGUCAGGGAAUGCUGGCUUUGUUGGCGUUCAUCUUUCAUUAAUACAAAACAUUGAGAAUGGCAGUGACAUGAAGAAUCAACUGCCAAGUGCUUUCCUCAAACAAAUUAAGGACAUUGCGACAAAUCUUGAUGAGCUUAAGACAAAAUUGAGUAAAAUUGUCAAGCUGUCAAAUCAAGUCAUUGAAGGAAUCAACCAAGAAUCGUUGCUGUCAUAUUAUGGCAUGAAGGCAGACAAUAGACCUGAUGCUGUAAAAAUCAAGCAAAUAAUGGAAAAGCAAAAGACACAAUUACUUGAAGCAUACAUGAAGAAAGCAAUUGCUGUUGGAAAACUUAAUAUGAUUAGAAAUUUGGAACUGGAAACAUUUGCUGCUGAAAAUGAUGAGGAACUUGACAUCUUGAUGAAUGAAAUAAUGAAAUUUGUGGAUUUCAAUGAUCCUAAGUACUUAUUAUUACCGAUUUGGCAUGCAUACACGUCGCAACAAUAUGGACGAUUAUUAAAGUAUCUGCAAAAGCUGUACGAAGAUAAGUUACAGCGUGACAUUCUUGAUGAAAUCUUGGCGGUUUGUGAUUUGAAGAAUUGGGAUCAUAUCAGUGCUUUGAUCAAAAGAGUAUCCGUCACUGCCAAUCCGCAAAGUUAUCGCAUAUUUUAAAUUUAAUUAAACUCAAAACUUGAAAAGUGU